AUGGCUGUCUUCGGAAACAACAUAAACUACAGCGGGAGCGCGCCGCCUAUCCCCAAGAACGACCCAAACCAUCCUCGCUGGCUUCUUGAUACCUCGAACUGGAAAGUGUGCCAGUAUACUGAUAUCGAAGCUGAGGUGCAUAAGGAAGGAUACGGCAUCCUCUCCUACACCUGGGGUAAGUGGGCUAAAUGGGAUGAAGAGCCCGAGGGCCUCCCAGCGGGUUUACAGUGGAAACUUCCAGUUAUUAAAAACAAUGACAACGGUUCCAAUGAUUCCGAGGACUUCCUAACCGUGGCACGCCAAGUAGUUUCAAGAAUGCAGGCCCGGUACGUCUGGUGGGACUGGAUGUGCGUCCCUCAGGGGAAUAAAUUGUCAGACGAUCUCAAGAAGGUCAAAGGGGAAGAGGUCAGCAAGCAGAUGGGAAUCUACGCCGGGGCGAAGGAAAGUAUUGUAUGGCUUCAUUGCACGGACUGGGAGAAGGAUUCCGCGGUCAGGAGCUUGCUAGAAAACAACGUACAGAAAGACAGCAUCGAAAAAUUCGUGGAAAGUGUUGAUAAGCUACUGGUCGAGAUGAGGAAAGAUGAGCCCUGGUUGACCUCCGGAUGGACACUGCAAGAAGGGGUUCUUUUGAGCGAGACUGUCCUCUUGGAUCACCAUGGGAGAUCACUACGCAAUCCCCGGUUCAUACACAACAACCGACAGGCGUCUGUCCUUGACAUUACAGCCGGGCUUACGACCCUUGCAAUCCACAUUGCAUCGGCGUUCAUGAAGGUCAAUGAGGAGUAUAAUGGCGGUUAUUACGAUGAAGUGGCCAACUAUAUCACCACCUCGGUCAGCAACUACCAGAAGAUUGCCGAGUUCCUUUCUCGACUUCUUCGCUCAGGGUUGAUUGCAUACACCAAGGACUCGCCCUUGUUCGUUCUAGCUGGCAAGCAUUCCCGCCACUUCAGCGUCAAGGCGGAUGAGUGCUGGGCGCUGCUAGGAGCACUAGGGCUGGGGAACAUCACACCUCCGCCCGAUUACAAUCAGGAACUGGACCAAGUCAAGGCCACCUUUUUUGGACACCUGCUGAAGAAGCACCAGUGGUCUCUACUGCUGGUGGCUGGCCACAGCUUAGAUGACGCCCACCUUACGCCACAGAACUGGCAUACUAGAUUUGCCGAUGGCAAAUAUCUGCCCCUGGGAGUCUUCUUCGACGUCCACUGGAAGCCAAACCUCCCAUAUCUGAACUGGAUUGGCCCUACUACCCAGGAAAACAAGGAUGCCAUUCACAUGCAGACGCCGACUGGCAAGCAUUUUACCGUUCUGAGGCUUAACAACUCGUCAGCGCUCGCCAGAACAUACGAGCAGUGCCAUAAUGACAGUGGACUUCCAUAUAUUCAUGUAGAGCGUGUUGAGACGCCGUGGUUCCCCACGGAAAUGCUUUUUUUCCCGAUUGCAGAUCUACAAGGAACACCGAAUAUGCCGGGUUCACGCUGUAUUCAGAUUGAGCCUAUCCCACGUAUGGUCAAGGACCCGGUGUCCGGUAAGAAGGUCAAGCUGAACUCGCACAUCGGUACGCUGGAGGGUUAUUUCCGGGGGGUGAUUGAUAUCUGGGCUGCUGAAGGGGAUUUCACCAAGGAUCAAGACUUGCAUAAACUUACACUGUUUAGUGGGGUCUGA